AUGGAGGACAAAGGUGAUAUACGACGUCGACAGCUGGGUCGACUAUCGCCUGGUCAUCCUCAAUAUGAGGCUCUAUCUGCAACCCCGCAGGAGACCACCAUGUAAGUCGAAUACUGUUCUGUUAAACUUGCUCCCUCACCGUAUAAAUUUCAGCCACCAGUUAGCCCAACUGUCGGCUUCGGACGACGACGUCCAUUUGGAGAAUCGGUGGUGCAAACUGCGGACUGAUAUCCACCCGACUGCUUUGCAAGUCCUCGAUCGCGCAGGUCGCCGAUAUCAGGACUGGUUCGACGACGGCGCCUCAGCCGUGCACGCCGCAACCGAAAUCAACCCACUGCUCGCGGAAAAGCACAGGCUGCACAAAACCUACGUGAAUCAAUGGACUGACGCAAACAAGGCGGCCUUCUUCCGCCAUUGUUGCAUCGUGCGCCACCGAUAG